AUGUACUCACUGAUGGGGAACCAAUUUAAUCCUGACUUGGUCAUCAAUGUGGGAGAAGUAACUCUUGGUGAACAGAACAGAAAGAAGCUGGAAAAAACUCAGAGAGAUCAAGAGAAGAAGAAAGUUGAAGAGGCUGCCUGUGCCUUACUGAACUCAGGUGGAGGAGUGAUUCAGAUAACAGUGACAACCAAGGAGGCGCAUCAAGUGGAGAUGGGAUUGGAUUUAGAAAAGGCUUUGAGAGAACUUAUUCAGUCUCCUGAUUUGCCAUCUUUCUUUGAGACUGAGCAACAGGGCAGAUAUUUUUACCUUUUUGUUAAAUCUUGGAACAGUGGCCCUUCCUCUGGAGACAGGUUGCCCCGGAUUUGCAGCCUGAGUUCUAACUUAUACUAUAGAUCAGGCACCUCUGUACUCUGCAUGACAUCAAACUUUGCAUUUGAUACCCUUAAAGAAAAGAAAAGAGCUGCAGAAGGUAGUAUGAUGAAUGAGUGUUUGCCAUCUAAGAAAAAAACCCAGGAUGAGGAUCCUAAUUCUGAAUCACAUUCUCCUAACCAAGUUUUUCAAACUGCCAGAUUUGAAUAUGGUGAUAUCCUGCCUUUUCCUGAGUCUCAAUAUGUAGAGUUUAAGCAAUUUUCUACAAGCAACAUCACAAAAUAUGUAAAAAACAUAAUUCCAGAAUAUAUAUCUGCAUUUGCAAAUGCGAAAGGAGGUUAUCUUUUUAUUGGAGUGGAUGAUAAAAGUAAGAGAGUCUUGGGAUGUGAGAAAAACAAUGUUGACUGUAAUACUUUAGAAAGAACAAUCACAGAAUCAAUUUUAAAGUUGCCUGUUGUUCAUUUUUGCUCUACCCAACCACUGGUGGAUUAUAAAAUCAGAAUUGCUGAUGUGUUUCACAACGGAACAUUGCACGGUUAUCUCUGUAUGAUUCAAGUGAAGCCAUUUUGCUGUGCAGUGUUCUCCGAAGCUCCCAGUUCAUGGAUGGUGAAGGACAGGCUUGUCUGCAGUUUGACACCUUCAGAAUGGGUAGACAUGAUGAUGGACACAAAUCCAGAAUUGUCUGAAGACUUUGAAUCUCAGUUAAAUAUCUCCCAAUGCCCUCCAAAUUGCAAACCAGUGUAUUCUAAGAAAAGCUUAGAACAUAAAAAGGAACUACAACAACGAUUAUUUCCAGUACACCCAGGUCAUCUGCGGUAUACCCCGGAACCCCUCUGGAAGGAGCUGUGCUCAGAGCAUGAAGGACUGCAAGAAUUAAUGAAUAAUCAGAUACUUCCUUUCUCCCAGGGAGUUUUGAUCCUUUCUAGGAGUUGGGCUGUGGACUUAAAGUUACAAGAGAACCAGGGAGUCCUCUGUGAUGCCCUGCUGAUAGCACAGAACAGCCCUCCCAUUCUCUACACCAUUCUUGGAGAACAAGUGGAAGAUGGGUGGUUCUACUGCACCCAGACUGCCUUUACUUUGAAGCAGAAGCUGGUGAACAUGGGGGGCUAUACUGGAAAUCUGUAUGUCAUGCCCAAGCUCCUCCUCCUGCAUCCUGAGAGCAAUGCCCAGUCCUUCUGGGAUUUCAGUGCUGUAAUCAACUAUCCCAAAUCCUAUAACCUUGGAGUCAUCCAGAAAAUGGAAGCACUUUUACAGUCCCUUGUGGUUGUCUUGCUUGGCUUCAGGUCUUUCUUGAGUGACCAGCUUGGCUGUGAAUUUUUAAAUCUACUUACAGUUGAACAAUAUGAGGUGCUCUCCAAAAAUCUCCGCAAACACAGAGAAUUGUUUAUUCAUGGUUUACCUGGCACAGGGAAGACAGUCAUAGCCUUGAACAUCAUUGAGAAGAUCAAGAAUGUGUUUCACUGUGAGCUAAAUAAUGUUCUCUAUGUUUGUGAGAACCAGCCUCUGAGGAACUUUGUCAGUAACAAAAGGAUCUGCCAAGCAAAGACCCGGAAAGGAUUCAUGAAGGAUGACUGUAAAGAUAUUCAACACAUCAUUAUAGAUGAAGCUCAGAAUUUCCGCACUGAAGAUGGAAACUGGUUCAAAAGAGCAAGAGACAUCAUUAAGAGGGAAAAGGACAGCCCAGGAAUUCUCUGGAUCUUUCUAGACUACUUUCAAACUACCCACAUCAUGAACAGUGGCCUCCCCCGUAUUUCAGCCCAGAAAUCAAGAGAGGAACUCACAAAAGUGGUCCGCAAUUCAGAUGAAAUUGCCAGGUUGCUACAAGGUGAAUUAGACAAGGUCAAGAGAUGCCCUCCAGAUAACAUCCCCCCCGAAUCCUUGGACAUGCUACUUAAAGCUAACUGGUGUUCAGGUGUGAAAGGAACACUAAAGAUUGAAAAGAACUUGCGUUGGGAGGGAACAGUGAGCUAUGUGAAAAAAAAGUGCAAGAGUCUCUUUAAAAAAGGCUAUUCUCCCAAGGAUGUUGCUGUGCUUCUUAAUACCAGAGAAAAUGCUGAGUCUUACGGGAAUAUUCUCUUGAGAGCACCAAGGAAGAAAAAGGUAGUGCAGGUUAGUGAUGCCUCUAACCUGCAGGGUGAUCACAUUGUGCUGGACAGUGUCCGGCGAUUCUCAGGCCUGGAGAGGCCCAUAGUAUUUGGAAUCCUACCACAGAAUACUGCCAUCUUAAGAAACCUUCUAGUUUGCCUGAUAUCCAGGGCAAAUAAAAAGCUAUAUAUCCUAUGGUACAAUAAGUCUUAA